AUGCACAAGCACGGUUAUGACUGCCGCGUAGCGAUCUUCCACGUGCAGGCGCUGUUGGUGCCCGAAAAAACACGGCAGAUUAGCUUGCCAAGCCACCUGGCCAUUGCGAUUAGGCGCGUUUUGGGUAGUUGCAAAUUGAGGUGCAGCAUCAGCUUGGAAAGCGGAAAGCGAGGCUCCAAAACGUCUGAAAAGAUGCAAAUGCAAAACCUUCCUCGUCCACCAGAGGCCGCGGCCAUAAGUGGCGGCUCUUCCAGCGAAAUCCAGCCCCUGCUACCUCCUGUAGGCGCGGUGGCGGAUGCGCCUGCAGGGCCCGGAUUCAGCCGCGCCAUUCCUGGCCCAGGAGGUCCGGCGGCGGCUGGCUACUGGGCACGAAUCAAGGUACGUGCGCAGCAGCAGAUGAUUGAGAUGCGGGAGAGGGCCUUGGAGCAGCAGGGUCAGGAGUGGCGCAGCGCUGCUGAGAACCUGUCGGCGGUCAAGAUCGCCGCGCAGGAGGUGGUAGCUCCGGAGCCUGCAUCCUGGAGUGAGCGAGCACGACGGUCCUGGGCGCUGGUGAAGCUUCUGGAUAGCGGUCCUCUGGCCAAGUGGGUGGCUAGGGCCUUGGUGUGUGCGUUCUACGUCAACCAGGUGGCGGAGGCGGUGGAGAUGUGGGUGCACCUAAAGAACGCCCCCCACAGGCGCCGCUGGGCGGAUGAACCGCCGCCCCGGCCGCCCGCAUUCCCCGUAUUCAUGGUGGCGGUUCUACUGCCCUGUGCACUCUUGUGCGCCGGCGGACUGCUGGUACCGCUGACGGGGGGCGCCCUGCUGGCGACGACCCUGUACGAGGACGCCAGGCUGUCAUGGCGGCAGAUCGUCAGCAUCGUACGGUACGGCAGUAGGCCAACGGAGCUUCUGGCCAAGCGGCUGGCCAUGAUUGGGGUGGCCCUACUGGUGGUGGCUCACAGCGCCAGAGACCGAGCCAAGAUGCGCACAUACGCGGGCAUGCUGUUGACGGAUGACCAGGGCAGCCGUACUCCCGGUCGGAAGAAGUCCGCUGCCCUCCUGGCGGGCCGCUUGCUGCUCGCCUGCCUGCUGCUCUUCGCGGGGCUGUCGCAAGUACGGCGUGUCAUGGCCCGCGGCGGUGCCCUGUGGCAGGCAGCUGCGCUGACGCCGCGACAACAGGCCGCCGCCGCCGCCGCUCUACAGGCUGCAUAUGGUCCCCGGAUGCAACCCGACAUGGCAACGCCAUCGGGGGGGAAGGGCUCGGUGGCGGAGGCAGCAAUGACAGCGGCGGAGGCCGCCGUAACGGCGGCUGGCGCCGCCGCGGCUGGCGCGGCGGCGGCGGGUGCGCCGCUCCCGGGCAUUGCCGCUGCCGGCGCGACUGCGGGCGCGGCGGCCGCGGUGGGUGGUGGUGCAGCGGCGGCGAUUGGCAGCGGCCCGGGCGCGGCUCCCGACCUGGCUGCUGCCACCGCCACCGGCGCAGCACGUCACCACUUUGGCGUCCCCGACAGCCAUGACAACAACUGGCAGUUGUUGCAGAUGGUGCUGUGCGUGCCGCUGGCGCUGGGCUGGCAGACGGGUCUUACCUGUCGCGGCCUGGUGGCUGUGUUGCUUCUGGAGGCGGUCACGUGUUGGCCCUUCUGGGCCUGGUACUGGCCGUCCUGGCAUUACGCGGCACAUGUGCGGCUGCAUUUCUUCACAAACCUGGCUGUGGCCGGGGGCCUGGUGCUGCUGCAGUGCCUGGGGGCGGGGCACUUCACGAUGGAUAGCCUACUGGGCCGCAAGACGGAUUGA